AUGCUCAGGGCACAUUACCAAAGCAAGCUGGGGCUGGAAGAUGCCACACAAAGAGUCAUCUACUUGUUCACAGCUGUCCCGCUUUCUGAACAGAGAGAUUUGCGAAGCGGAACAGCUGUCUUCCCCGUACCAUCGCUAGAGCACCGUCGAUCACACAGUGACCAAACGCCAGCGGACCCGCUGCUCGAGGGCCCGGGGGACACAGUCCGGACUGACUCGUGGCCACGUUACAGUGCCCACGGAGGCCACCUGGGCUACCGCUCCCCAGCGCACAGCGCCAGCCAGAAGGCAACCGAGAGCCAUCGCUCCGCUCCCUUCACCCCCCUCUCCUGGAAAAGCACACACGCUUCCAGGGUCCGGAUUGAGCCCCCUCCUCCUGUCCCUGACGUGCAGCCAGAAGAUGCACUUCCACACCUCCGCUGCCCUUCGCUGGAGCACUUCAGAGACAACUACCUCAUUCCACAGAAGCCUGUGGUCUUAGAGGGGAUUAUUGACCACUGGCCAUGUAUGAAGAAGUGGAGUGUGGACUAUUUUUGUCAAGUCGCAGGGUGCCGCACAGUCCCCGUGGAACUGGGAACCCGAUACACAGAUGAGGAAUGGUCUCAGCAGCUUAUGACUGUCGGUGACUUCAUCAACCAGUACAUUGUGAAUGAGAACAGUACAGGAUACCUUGCCCAGCACCAGCUUUUUGAUCAGAUCCCAGAAUUGAAAGAAGAUAUCAGUAUCCCUGACUACUGCUGCCUGGGGGAAGGGGAAGAAGAUGACAUCACCAUUAAUGCUUGGUUUGGUCCAGAAGGCACUAUCUCACCUCUUCAUCAGGAUCCCCAGCAAAAUUUUUUAGCCCAGGUAUUUGGAAGAAAGUAUAUCCGACUAUAUUCACCACAAGAAUCAGAAAACCUGUACCCACAUGAAAGCCAAAUUCUUCACAACACUAGUCAGGUUGAUGUGGAAGAUCCUGACUUACUUAAAUUUCCCAAUUUCCAAAAGGCUGCAUUUCAGUCCUGUAUUCUGAUGCCUGGACAGGUUCUGUUUAUUCCAGUUAGAUAUUGGCACUAUGUACGAUCACUUGAUAUCAGCUUCUCUGUCAGUUACUGGUGGUCAUAG